UCCAAAUGACACGAGUCACUGCAGAGCAAGAUCUAAUCAGUACCAUUGGAGAAAGCGCUGCCUUGGGAGCUGCAGGCUUUGUUAUUUGGGGAGACAUGAAUUUAACUUCAUCUGAGGGCAAUUGUACAAAGGUGAAGCAGUUUGUGAGCUCUGAUUUAGGGCGCUACAUAGUCAACGUGACCCGAGCCGCCGAGGCGUGCAGCCUCCACCUGUGCAGGAACAACGGGAGAUGCCUGAGGAAGGUGUGGAAAGCUCCUGAUUACCUUCAUUUGAACCCUGCAAGUUACUACAUAGAGGCCUCCGAGGAUGGAGAAUUUAUUGUGGAAGGAAAAGCAUCUGAUACAGACCUGGCCGUGAUGGCAGAGAAAUUUUCCUGUCAGUGUUAUCAGGGAUACGAAGGGGCCGAUUGCAGAGAAAUGAAGACAGCUGAUGGCUGCUCUGGGCUUUCCUCUUUUUCUGGCUCACUAAUAACACUAUGUCCUCUGUUUUUAGCAGGUUAUCAGAGCAUUCAGUUGUGAGAUAAUUGGGUUUAAAGGGAAGUGUGUGGCCUCUAGAGUAGUCACUUAGGGAAGAGGUGAAACUUAUGACAAUUUUUUUCCCUUACGAAAUCCAUUGAGAGGUAUUAUAAGUAGACGCUAUAUAGGUCACUUAACAUAAACAGGAACAUAUUAUUUUAUUUGGCUCCAAUUUAACUAAGAAACCAGAUCCAGGAGUAAAAUCAAUGCACUCUCCUUUCUUACUGGAAUGUAUAAGUGGUAUUUAAACCAGAGCUAAUAUAUUUUAAUCUUUAUAUGAACAUAUAUCCGUAAAAGUAUACAUGUAAAUAUUAAAUUAUUGAUUUCAAAGACUCGU